UCCAUUUAAAGUUCAUUAGAACAAAAACCUGCUCCUGCAAUCGAAGAUAUGGUACUCUUUUUGAUCAGACAAUCAUCUUUGUCCUUCCGAGUCUCGUUCUUCUUCACCCUCCUGCUGCUUUCUUCUUUCCAUGUCUUCGUUUCUGUCUCUGUUUCAAAUUCUUCAGUUCCUAGAGAUGAAUCAACAAGAGAGAAGGAAGCGAAUGCUCUUCUUAAGUGGAAGGCUAGUCUUGAUCAUCGAAGUCAGUCUGUCCUGUCUUCUUGGCUUGGAAAUGACACUUGCUACUGGACUGGGAUCAUUUGUGACAAGUCUGGAAGGGUCAGCCAUUUGAACCUUUCAAAUUCCGGUUUAAUAGGUACACUUCAUGACUUUAGCUUCUCUUCUUUCCCUACACUUGCAGUUCUUGAUCUAUGGAACAAUUCUCUAAAUGGAUUCAUUCCAUUAUAUAUUGGUAAACUAUCUAGACUGACUUAUCUCGAUUUGUCUUUCAAUCAUUUUAAUGGAAUCAUUCCAUCAGAUAUCGGUAAUCUAUCUAGACUAACUUACCUCGGCUUGUCUACCAAUUAUCUUUAUGGAAAUAUACCUUUUGAAAUAGGAAAGUUAAGGUUUCUUUCUGAACUCUAUCUACAAGAAAACAUUCUGAUAGGUUCAAUCCCUCCUUCUAUAGGAAACUUGACAAACUUGUUCUUUCUCUUCUUGUUCAACAACAAGCUCUCUAGUGCUAUACCUCAACAAGUUGGAAUGCUGAAGUCUCUAUACAAAUUUACACUCUCUGAUAAUAAUCUAGUCGGUCCUCUCCCUAACUCUAUUGGAAAUUUAAGUAACUUAUCAGAUCUUCGUCUUUUUAACAACAAAAUUUCGGGUCUCAUACCUCAAGAAAUUGGAAUGCUGAGGUCUCUUAAUUGGCUUGAUUUGUCUAACAAUUCUCUCAAAGGAACCAUUUCAUCAAAUAUUGGUAACUUAUCUAGACUGACUUACCUCAGCUUGUUUUCUAAUUAUUUUUGUGGAAAUAUACCUUUUGAAAUAGGAGAGUUAAGGUCUCUUUCUGAGCUCUAUCUGGAAGAAAAUAUUCUGAUAGGUUCAAUCCCUCCUUCUAUAGGAAACUUGACAAACUUAUUCUUUCUCUACUUGUUCAACAACAAGCUCUCUGGUGCUAUACCUCAACAAGUUGGAAUGCUGAAAUCUCUGAAUGAACUUGACCUCUCUCAAAAUAAUCUGAUUGGUUCUCUCCCAAUCUCUAUUAAAAACUUAAUUAACUUAUCAUAUUUUCGCCUUAUGAACAACAAAAUUUCAGGACUCAUACCUCGAGAAAUUGGAAUGCUGAGAUCUCUUCAUCAUCUUUAUUUGACCAAUAAUAGUCUUACGGGUGAAAUUCCCACUUCGAUAGGAAACUUGAAAAAGUUGUCAUAUCUUUACCUUAACCAUAACAAACUUUCAGGAUUUAUUCCUUCUAGUAUCGGAAAUUUAACAAAUCUCAUUGAAUUAAUACUAAAUCAUAAUAAGUUACAUGGAUCAAUUCCUCGGGAAUUAGGAAAGCUCCAAUCUCUUGUCGGCUUAAUGUUGCACAACAACGAUCUCCAUGGUUUCAUUCCAGCAGAGAUGAAUAAUCUUACACGUUUGCAAAGUUUGCAACUCGCCGAAAACUACUUGGCUGGCCAUUUACCACAACAGGUGUGCCUUGGUAGAGCACUUGAAGAUUUUACUGCACACAACAACCUUUUCACAGGUCCAAUCCCAAAGAGCUUGAAGAACUGUACCAGCUUAUACAGAGUUCGGCUUGAACACAAUCAACUUACAGGGAAUUUGUCUGAAGAUUUAGACAUAUACCCGAACUUGGACUAUCUAGAUUUGAGUUACAAUAAAUUCUAUGGUGAGCUGUCACCAAAAUGGGGCCAGUGCCACAAUCUAACAAGCCUAAAGCUCUCAAACAAUAAUAUCUCCGGUGAGAUACCCUCAGAGCUUGCAAAGGCAACUAAGCUACACGUAUGUGACCUUUCUUCCAAUAAUCUAGUUGGGGAGAUUCCAAAGGAACUGGGAGAGUUACGAUUGUUGUUCGAACUUAUGCUAAAAGAUAAUCAUCUUUCAGGCAGUAUUCCUCCAGAAAUUGGAAAGCUAUUUGAUCUUACGAAUCUUCACUUGGCAGCAAACAACCUAAACAGCUCCAUCCCAAGACAAUUGAGCUUGUGUGAGAAGCUCAUAGAACUGAAUUUGAGCAGCAAUAGAUUGGGUGGAGAAAUUCCGUCAGAGCUUGGCAGCUUGUCCUUUCUUGAAAUUCUUGAUCUCAGUCAAAAUUUGCUGAUCGGAGAAAUACCGUACCAGGUUGGGAACUUGAAAACUUUGGAAAAGCUGAACCUCUCACACAACAAGCUCUUGGGUUUUAUUCCAUCAACUUUUGCUGAUAUGUUAAGCUUGAUAUCUGUUGAUAUAUCUUACAAUCAGUUCGAGGGUCCUCUUCCAAACAAUAAGGCCUUUCAUGAGGCUUCUUUUGAGGCUUUCAGAAACAACAAAGCUUUGUGCGGAAAUAUCACAGAUUUGGAACCAUGUUCUUCAAAUGUAAACCAUAAUCUUGAUCGGAAAAUUGUGAUUGCAACUGUGGUCUCUGUUUUAUGCUCACUACUUCUUGUAUUUGUUGUCUUCGGGAUUCUUUCUUGUAUCAAACAAAGAGAGAGAAAUACUGAGAACACGCCCAAGAUGGUAGAAAGUCCGAAUCUAUUUGCAAUUUGCAACUAUGACGGGAAAAUGAUGUACGAAAACAUAAUUGAAGCAACUGAAGAAUUUGACUCCAAAUAUUGCAUUGGGGUCGGAGGAUAUGGAAGCGUUUACAAAGCUCAAUUAUCAGAUGGCCAAAUAGUUGCUGUGAAAAAGCUUCACCCACUUCCGGAAGGUGGGGUGGCCGACCAAAAAGCUUUUCACAGUGAGAUUCGUGCCUUGACUGAAAUACGCCAUCGCAAUGUUGUGAAACUUUAUGGUUUCUGCUCUCAUCCUCGACACUCAAUUCUGGUGCACGAGUUCUUGGAAGGGGGAAGCCUGGAGAAGAUACUGAGCACUAAGGAACAAGCAAUGGAGUUUGAUUGGAUUAAGAGGGUAAAUUUCAUUAAAGGCGUGGCUAAUGCUGUGUCCUACAUGCACCAUGACUGCAUCCCUCCCAUAGUCCAUCGUGACAUUUCAAGCAAGAAUAUUCUACUAGACUCAGAAUAUGAGGCUCAUGUAGCAGACUUUGGCGCUGCCAGGCUUCUAAAGCCUGACUCAUCCAAUUGGACCUCAUUUCAAGGCACUUUUGGUUACUCAGCUCCCGAGCUUGCUUACACCAUGAAAGUGAAUGAAAAGUGUGAUGUCUUCAGCUUCGGAGUCGUGACAUCGGAGACACUCAUGGGAAGGCAUCCUGGGGAUCUCAUAUCUUCCUUGUCAUCAUCAUUUUCUUCCUACUCGCCAUCAUGCUCAUCAUCAGCAACCGUCAAUCAUUUACUGCUGAAAGAUUUGUUGGACCAGCGUCUCCCACCUCCUAGGAAACAAGUAGCAGCAAAACUGGUCUCAAUUGUAAAACUAGCAUCUACAUGCUUACAUGCCAGUCCACAAUCUCGACCAAGUAUGCAACAAGUUUCUCAGGAGCUGUCAAUUCAGAAUCCACCCUUGGUGAAUCAGUUUCACACCUUCGCAUUAGGGGAAUUGCUUGAUUCCAGCAGUCGUACAUCCUGAACAUCCAAUUGUUCCCUCUUUAAUUUUACUGUUAUCAUUCUGUUCUGGUUCUGCAUUUCCUUUCCCAUGUUUCUAUCGCUUGAUGUUCCAGUUAAGUUGUGCAUCAUUGGCUCGAAAAGCUUCCUCUGAUGAGAUAAUAAAAUAUUUGCAUUGUAUGAUUAAUUUUCUGAAAAUUUUUGGAGUGCUUAGUUCAAUAAUCGACAUGAAGUUGAACUUUUUUAGUCUAAAAUUUGCAUGAAUCACCAAUCUUUUUCUCACUGCAUUCCAAACUAGUUAUCAAACAGCCAGAAAUCCUCUUGAUUACUGAACUCCAUCCCUCUAGAUUCCGUGAAAGCAUUUUCAUUCUUCUUUUGCUUCACACCAAAAACAAUCAUCACACAUGACCAGUAGAUAUAAACCACAACAAUCAACUCUCAAUACUACUACAAAAUUAGUUGAACCCCUCACCAUUAAUCACCCAACCAAACGACACAGCAAGCAAAUUCACAAGAAUAACAAAUCACCCAUAAUUUAUAUGCAAUUAUCAGCAAAUCCAAUGCAGCUGGGCUCAAAACUUUAUCCUCUUACGGCUUAAAGCUGCCCUGUGUACCAGAGCCAAAAUUGGUCCAUUUCCCUUCCAGCUUUAGAGCUUUAGUUUGGCCCUAAAGCAUGCAUUUCUCCUCCAAAUCAUCUACCCAAUCCAAUCGGGGCUCCAACAUCAUCCGAGCCUGCCUUAGUCGACCCGCUCCCUUGCCCGAUUCCUUUGCCCAAGCACCGUUCAUCAUCAUCAACCUUGAGCCACGCCGAAUGCUCCAUCAACUCCAUACAAUCCACUGCUUCCCCCUCAUUAAUCGUGACAUUUCUACUAGCAAGUAUCCAAUCUUGGCCAUCAUCUUCUUUUUUCUGUGCCCCAUCAUCAACAUUCCCCAAGUAACCCGAAUCCAUCUGAUGUCCUAAUGUUGUUCGUUUUUUCUUCUUGUUUAUGUGUGCAACUAUAUCUACUGGUGAUAUGAACGGUAAAAUAUCCUUUACACCUCUAACUUUUGAUUAUAAUUCACUUUUAAUCUAUUAGUAUUAAAAUGGAGAAUCCACUCCAAAAUUCUAAGCACUAUUAACGGAUUUUGUUAAAUGACUAAAAUACCUGUCCUUACUAUUUUUCUUCUUUCACGUGAUUUUGAAUUUGUCUUCACGUCCAAAAGAAACAAUCACAUGCUGCAACAAUGAAAGAAUAACCAUGAAACUGAUGUCCGACGAGUUGACGGGGUCAGAAAACUUUACCAUUGGGAAAAGUUCUCGGAUGAGGAGAGCCAAGACUGGGAUGCGGCGGCGCUUGGGAGACUAGGAGGCGGAGGCAGCCUUACCGCCUCUUUCUCUCCCUCCUGACUGACACUGACAACGCCUCUAAAACUUGACCGCUGUCAUUCGCUCCGGCGUGGUGAGAAGCCUUGAAGUGAAGUGGAUAGGGGGAAGCUCAUCGGCAGGGCCGGCUUAUGCAUAAAGCCAUCAAGGCUCUUUCUUUAGGCCCGCAUUUUUACGAGUCUCAAAAGUUUGUAUAAUAUAAUUAA